UAACCUAACUUGUCGUGUCGAAAUUUGUUUGUCAUCGUCGUAAGUGUCUACUGCUUGGAUUGAAUUGGAAGUUUCUUAUUCUAUUCUAUCGAAAUACCUAAUUAUAACUUAUAUUACUUGAGAAUUCCUUGCUUGGUGUACACAAUGGCGAGUACAUCUACUGGAGCGAAAGAUUUUAAUGCAUACCUUGCUGCUAAACAAGCUCAGGCCGACAAAGAACUAUCUGCUGAAUGGGCUGCCUUGGAAGAACUGCACAAUAAGAAGCUAUGGCAUCAACUGACAUUGAAACUUCGCAGUUUUGUCAUGAACCCAGCUUUGCAAAAGGGAAAUGAACUCAUCGAUCUAUACCAAAACUUUAUUCAGGGAUUUGAAAACAAGAUCAAUCCGCUGGCUUUGGUAGAAAUCAUCGCUUUCAUCGUUCCCAAGAUCUCUGACCCUAAAGAAGCAAUCACCUUCCUGGAAACGACUGAGCCAAAAGUCAAGCAGAACAGUGAAGCCGUCUCACUAUGCAAGGUCCUCGAAGGCCAGAUAUUUCUGGAGAAGUUGAAGGACCAGGUGGCGACAAAGAAAAUAAUCGAAGAUGUUGAGAAGAUCUUGGACGAUGCUGAUGGUGUAACGUCUGUCCAUGGUAGAUACUAUCUCUUGGCCAGUCAGUAUUACAGGCUGCAAGGCAAACAUGCUGAAUACUACCGCACAGCUCUCAGAUACUUGGGAUGUGUGGAGCUCUCUGAGUUGACCAACAGUGAUCAAGUCCAACAUGCUUUCUUCCUCGGUCUUGCUGCGUUGUUGGGCGAAGGAGUCUACAACCUCGGGGAGUUGCUUGCUCACCCAAUUUUGAACACGCUGAAGACGACGGCCAACGCUUGGCUGGUGGAACUGUUGUUUGCGUUCAACACAGGAGACAUUGCAAAGUUUGAGAAGAUGAAACCGCAGUGGGAAACCGUUCCAGACUUGGCAGCUCAGGAGAUCAAGCUACGUCAGAAGAUCUCACUGUUGUGUCUCAUGGAGAUGACCUUCAAGAGGCCAGCCAAUGACCGGGAGUUGACGUUCGCUGAGAUCGCCCGUGAGACCCGACUGCCUGUCAAGGAGGUUGAGUUGUUGGUGAUGAAGGCUCUAGCGCAGGGUUUGGUGCGCGGCGCAAUAGACCAGGUGUCCAGCAGUGUGCACAUGACUUGGGUACAGCCCAGAGUGCUUGAUACUACUCAGCUUUCUUCAAUGGUCAACAGAUUGAACUUCUGGUGCAGGGAUGUCAAGAAAAUGGAGUUGCUUCUAGAAGACAAAGGUCAUGAUUUUCUUACGCUUUAAUGUCCCAAAAUAUUUUUGUAUUAAUUUUGCUAAGUUAUUAAACUAUAAAUAAAAUGUAAAAUUAUUUUCUUUA